GGAUGUUGAGAGCAACCUUCUGGAGGGCGAUGCAGUCAUGUGGUUUGUAGCGACCUCCUCCCUGCAGACCUGGGUUCUCCUUCCACACUGUGUCCAAGCUGACAGGCGUAGAGAACUCCACCCUGAGAGGCCCCACUGCAGGGACCCUCUGCACACAUCGACAACUGACACCCACGAAGCAUCGUUACCCAUCACGCAACAAAAGCCGGGGCCCUUGCGGAGCAAGGGGAACAACUACUUCAAGGUCCCAGAGCAAGUGACGUCACCGAUUGAAACGCUAUUAGCGCGCACCACCGCUAACUAGCUAGCCGUUUCACAUCGGUUACACUGGAAAAAAGAAAAUGGGCUCUCCAAACCAGACCUGUGACAGUGGUGUAUCCAUGGACCUCUUCUUACACUAUUCUCUCGUUCCGUCGUUUGUCAUCGUGGUUGUGCUGUCGGCCCUGCAGAGGAGAUCCAGACAUCUGCCCAUUGAUGAGAAGCUCCCCUUUCUCAACAACCGCUUUGGCAUUGUUGUGCCUCUGGACCUCAUGGAGAACCUCAGUAACAGAUGGUCCUAUGGGUUUGCCUUCGGAGCUGUAUCGUCCAGUGUCUUGCUUCUUUUCUCAGAGCAUUACAUGACCUUCAACGUUCCACCCUGGGCCAAAGCUUUUGUGUACCUUGUGGGUGCUCUCGAGGUGGGCCUGGCCUAUUUCCCUUUCUUUGCGUGUCUGUCAACCCCUUGCCGAGAGUUUGGGGCUGUUCUGGGAAUCCUCUACUCUUUGACAUGGAUAAUCAUCACGCUGUGGGAUACAGUGAUGUGUCCCACUGGUAAGAUACUGGGUAGUCACCAGAAGCUUGUCUACCAGUGGCCGACCAUUUUGUCUCUCGUAUUCCUCCUGGGGCGGUUCACAUACAUGCUGGUCAAAGCUGUUCGGAUUCGACUCCAGCUUGAAACUGAGGACCAAGACCAGCUAAUCCAGUGUCACCAGGCCAAGCAUGUACAGAGGUUGUUGAGGAGGAUCCCUAUUGAACAGAAACUGGAGGCCAGUUGGUUCCAGAGGAGGGUCUAUGACUGGGACCCCCACUUCAAGUUCCCUAACAGAAUGAUCGGCACAUCCAUCAUAUCCCUGAUUGGCUUAUACACGAUGACUUUGGCUGACUAUAGUCUCAGUGACUAUGCGUUUGAUAAAUUGGAUGUUCUGAAAGACCAACUGAAGAAGCUGGCUUUUUCCUGCAAUGAGACAGAGAUAUUUGUAGCUAUGAUCCCCCAAUUUGAGGAAUUCGCUCACGUUGCCAGAAAGUGCUGGCUAGCCACAACCAUCUUUGCCAGCCUAACGUCUGUGUCAUACACAUUCCAUGUGUUAGCAUGCUACCGGAAACAUCUGAAGAGAUUGUGGGCGGGGGAGAAGGCCUUUCUUCCUGAGAAGUUCCAUAACCCCAAUUCUGCAGUCAGUGUGGCUGCCAUCACAAGAUACUCCGGAUGGCAAAUAGCAUUUACUUUGUGGGGUUUUCUAAUUGUUCACUUUGUCCAGUUCGUCUUUGCGUUGCUCUUUACCUACGGAGUGGUCCUCCCCAUCCAAAAUGGAAGAGUGUUGGAAAUGUUGACCAACAUGGGAACCAUUCUUUUGACCAUAGGUAUCGUUAUAGGAUUGGUUAUACUACAGGUGGUGCUGGUCCAAGUGUUCUUCCUUCAGGACAAGAUCUCACCGUCAGACAGGAAGAAACCUCUGGCACUCAACAACAGGAAGGCGUUCCACAACUUCAACUACUUCUUCUUCUUCUACAACGUUGUGAUGGGCCUGAGUAACUGCAUCCUGCGUCUGCUAACCAGCUGCGUGGUGGGCACCUGGCUGGUGUCACGCAUCGACCGUACCAUCAUGCCGAAGGGAUACGAGUCCAUGGACCCUGGUUACAGCACUUGGAUCGGGAUGAUUUUUGCAGACCACUACCACAACAAUCCAGUCAUGGUGUGUUUCUGCCAUCUUCUCCUGUCCAACACCAUGGCAAAACAACAGAGGACCACCGAGGCAGCAUCCUACUCCACGUUCAACAACACAUCUUCGCCAGAUUCAGCCCGUGGAAGCAGGGCCAGGCGGCGAUGGAUGCUCCUCUACACCCUGAUGAAGAACCCACGACUGAUCCUCCUGAGGAAGAACAGGACCUCGUCCAGUCCCACUCACCACCAGGACACUGUGGUCCAAGCCUGGCUGCUGGCCUCUCAGACCGAACAGAUGGGACAGGCACCAGAGAUGACAGACACAGCCGCUACAGUUACGUCAGAUCAGACGAUCACCAAUGGGCAGGCAUUAACUGACUGAUUCUGCUCCGGGUUUAUACACGCGCGGCCUGAAAUAGUGUAGUACAAUACUGUGAUGUAACAUUUAGUAGACCUACAGACAUUCAGAGGACACGUUUUGGGUCAUGAGUGCUACACUUGAUACUACAGGCCAAUUCUUCUGUAGGCCAAGCUCUUACAAUGUAUUGUAUGUGAUGAAUAAUAUGAUUAAUGUAUUGUAAAUUCGGGAAAUAGCUACAUAAUUACUCCUACUGUGAAAGAUGACAGGACAAAUGGACACAGUUAUGCUUUUUACCUCAUAAUGGCCCGUUUGUUUUUAGUAGGCCACAUAGCCGCAGGAAGUAGAGGUGCUGAGGGCGCUGCAGCACUCCCUGAAAAAUCAUCAUUUAAAAAAUAUACAGUACCAGUCAAAAGUUUGCACACACCUACUCAUUCAAGAGUUUUUCUUUAUUUGUACUAUUUUUCUACAUUGUAGAAUAAUAGUGUAACCCUUGAAUGAGUAGGUGUAUCAAAAAUGUUGACUGGUAUUGUAUAUACAUUUUAAAAUGUUUAUUCUUAAAGAUGUUUUUUUUUUCUUCUCAUAAAAAUAGUGCACUGGGUCUUUACUACUAUUAGCAGAACAAUAUAGAUGUCUGUAGCUCAAGCAACAAAAUAAUUCAGCAUCUCUGCUCUGGCAAAAAAAGCUAGUUGUAUAAUUAAGAACAGUAUUUUGCAGGAUUAAAUUGUCGGAAUUGAA